AUUAUUAAUACUAAUAAUAUACUAUUAUCCCUAAUCCCACUUUUAAUCUUAUUGAUUUGAAUAAUUGUACUAGUGUUACUGUUAGGCCUUUCGUUUAUUGUAAUUUAAAUUGUAUUUUGUAAUAUAAAUAUGUAAACGUUUUACUUUUAGUUAGUGUGUUGAACCUAACAUUAUUUGUGUAACUUGUAAGGUUACGCCUGGUCUAGCUGUAAAGUGUACUAGUAAUAGUAGUACUACAACAAUUUAGAAGCUGUAACUUGUAAAGUAACUGUAGUAAAAGGGCUGAUAUUAAGUAAUAAUGAUAAUUAAGAAACAAGUACCGGGAGGGGAAAAAUCGAUCAUUCCUCUAUUUUCCUACUGUAACAUAGUAUGCAAGUUACUUAAUCAUAAAGGAAACCAAAGUUGUUCCGUCAGAAGAAUGUCGGGAAGAAGAAAAUAUCCCAAGUCAAAGAUACCAGUACUGACUGAUAAUAGAAACUCAAAUGAAAAUGUCAAAAAAUCACUUGUAAGUCAAGGUUUCAAAGAAGUAAUUUCCAACGCUUGUGCUCGUAAGCCGGUAACUCGGGUAGGUGGCAGGACAAAGAAAGAGAAGAUUAAGGAAACUAAUAAUAAAACAUCAAAAGCUAAAGCAUCGGAACAGUCAAGGAAAAAUGCAAAAUCACUUCUGGAGAAACAAAAAGAACAACUUCAAGGAUUUACUUUUGAAACUGAUGAAAAUGCCUUUCAGACUAUCAAACAUGGGGGACUACCUGAUCCUAGAAUGGGCUUGUACAAGUCACCAGCUACUCCAAAUCAAUAUAAAAAUCAAAGAAAGGCUACACCUAAAAAGACACCAACUUUAUUUUCUGGUCGACCAUCGGUAUAUCAGACAUACAAACCAGUUUUUCUAAAUUCAGAAAAUCUCAAAUCAUCGGUGCUGCUGAAACCCGAGGCUGGGCCGUUAGCUCCUGAACAAACGGUACCUGCAGAAAGGCAAUACAAAUCACCAGCUACAUACAACCAGCAGAAAGGCCAAAGAAAAGCUACACCAAGAAACACCCCUUCUCCAUUUUGUGGCCGACCUUCAGUAUACAAGACUUUUAAACCAGUGUUUCGAAACUUUGAAGAUAUCAAAUCGUCAGUCGUGUUGCGACCCGACGUUGACCUCCCAACUUGCAAACAGACUCCAGAAAAGGCUGUUUUAGUGUUUCCAAACUCGCUAAACAACAAUUCUUCUUCAAGAAAUGUGACCCAUCAAAGCAGUGAAAAGCAAGGGCAGAAAAAUAUUUUCCCCAAGGAAUCUCCACAGUUGACUUGUAGCUCAGAUUGCCUUGUAAAAGAAAAUCCAACAAAUGCAAAGUGUCAUGAUCAAAAAUGCAGUAAAGAGUCCGAAAAAGAAAAUUUUCCCAUACAACAGUCUCAUGUUCUUAGUAAACCUUUUGCAAAGACCAAUGAGAAUGUUGUUGCUUCAAAAACUUCAGGUCUCGACACUAAUCCAACUAAGCUGCAUGGCAACAGAUUGACAUCCUUUUCAUCUAAUCAUGAGCACUGUCAACCUUCACAAAUUUCAAGGAAAAAGUGUGGUUUGCCGCAUCACCUCAUAACUCAAAGCACACUCUCCUUCCCUGUGGUUACACCGAAGCCAGUCAAGAAAAAUCAACACUUUACGGAAGAGACAACAGCUUCUCCAGAGCUGAGAGAAAGAUUAUCUGUAGUGAACAGCCUUCCGUUAGGUGCACCUAUUCGUACACCUUUAGUCUUGAGAGAUAUUGCCAGAAGAGAUGAGGAAGUUGUAGAACCACAUACCACCACAACAACACCUCAUGUCCACGUCACAUGUGUAUCCAACUGUAGAGACGGUUUUCCUGCUCAGCAGUGUCAACCACCUUCAGCACAUACCACCACAACAACACCUCAUGUCCACGUCACAUGUGUAUCCAACUGUAGAGACGGUUUUCCUGCUCAGCAGUGUCAACCACCUUCAGCACAUACCACCACAACAACACCUCAUGUCCACGUCACAUGUGUAUCCAACUGUAGAGACUGUUUUCCUGCUCAGCAGUGUCAACCACCUUCAGAAGAUGGAAAGAGAUGCAUUUCGGGCUUGGAUCAUCUGGCUACUAUACAUACCCCAGUUUCACAGCAUGGUUCACUAUUAAAACAGAGUAGCACCGGCAAGCAAAGAAUUUGUGUUCCACUAGAGAACGAUCUUCAGAGAAAUAGCUUGCAUUGUUCUAAUAAGUUUGGAACUCCACCGUCAGAAGUCUACCUAAUUGAGAAACUUGAUCAACUAAGUAUGCAGAAAAUAAGAAAUGUAUUACGUCCAGCAGAAAAAUAUGGAAACUCCUCACCAGUCUGUCAACCUUAUCAGCUUGUGUCCAGAGAACCACUUCUCAGCCUCAGAAAGAUAGUUACUCGUCGUAACAUGGAUGAAGCUGUUGCAGAUAAAGAAUGUGCCUUGUAUUCUUGUGACCACGGUUUAACGUCCCCUUGUACGUUAAUCAACCACCAAGAACACAGGUCCAUAAAUAACCCAGUGGCCAAGGUUCUGGCUGAAGGAGACGAAAUGGUGAGUAUCGAUACGAUGAUGUGGUGAAAGGUGACAUGAUCUAGUACAUGUUGGUAUGGUCUCAUUUGUAAUGAUGUGAUCUAGUACAUGUUGGUAUGGUCUCGUUUGUCAUGAUGUGAUCUAGUACAUGUUGGUGUGGUCUCGUUUGUAAUGAUGUGAUCUAGUACAUGUUGGUAUGGUCUCGUUUGUCAUGAUGUGAUCUAGUGCAUGUUGGUGUGGUCUCGUUUGUAAUGAUGUGAUCUAGUGCAUGUUGGUGUGGUCUCGUUUGUAAUGA